UUUCUUUACUUUUUUCUUAAAGCGCCGCGUGUAUCUGCAUUUAACUCUUAGUUUCUAGCAUUUCUACUAUCGUGGAAUUAUACACGAAUUUUCGAAAAUUUAAUGUAGCAACAGUGCUUGUGCGCUAUAGAAAUGGGCUUUGUUUUCUGGUGACGUAUUCGGCUACAGUUUGAGAUCUUUUUUCCUCAGGUGUAUGAUUUUGUAAUCAAGUAUGACUGCGGAGACCCUACGCUCUCCUAAUUCCUCUUCGAACGACAGUACCUUGCUUCGCUUUCAGGCCCCGAUACAGAACGCUGUAGCCCCAGAUGCAAGAAGGCCACCUUACCCAGCUGGACCAAGUAUUGCGAAUACGCCGACAUCUUCUCCUAAGUCUAAAGGCCAACACACAUGGAAGAAUAGAACAUUAGAAAGGCAGAUAAAUAGGGAUACUGAUUAUCCCAUUUCAUCUCCAAUGUUGCAUAGCGAGGGAAGCAUGGCGGAUAAGGAGGAUCUCAUGGUCCAAGAGAUGGAUGACAAGAAAGACAAAUCGAAGAAGAAGAGGUAUACAAAAUCGCGUAGCCGCAUGAGGAACCCCGGAGCCAUCAUCAAAAUCAAGAAAACAAGACGACUGAAGGCUAACGACAGAGAGAGAAACAGAAUGCAUAACCUCAACUCGGCUUUGGACAAACUGCGUUGUGUUUUACCUACCUUUCCCGAUGAGACCAAAUUGACAAAAAUAGAGACACUUCGAUUUGCGCAUAAUUACAUAUGGGCUUUAUCAGAAACUCUGAAGAUGUUGGACUCAAAAGGCAUUAAAUCCAAUUCAGACCAUUGCAAUGCCUUCGAUGAUUCUAACUUAACUUCCGAUUCAUCGAGAUUGAUGGAUGUGCAAGCUCCGCCCUUGUACGGUUACUGCUCUGCGCCCAUCAUACCUCCCAGUCCGGCUUGGUCAUCGAUCGAAUCUCCUCACCCAACUAGCUCAUCAUCUGUCCAAUUUUCAGGGUCGUACACCACGACAGACUUUUCCGAUUCUUCCUGCUCAGGGUCAGAGUGCAGCAACAGUUUUGCUAAGUAUGAAUCAUUGUGAUGAAUAUUUGAAUUCAUUAACUUUAAUGCAGAGAAACAGCACAGCGUUUGGUUCAUAUGACAUCAGAUUUGAUCUGAGAUCCAAAAACAGUAAAAGACUGUAUAACUUACAGUUUAGAGAUAAGGACUGCUGAUUGAUAAUGAAAAACUAUGAAACAUUUGGUCGAGAUGUCAGAAUUAUUUCAACAAUAUGGUCGAGUGUUGAAAAUAUAUAUAGAUUGAUUUCAUUGCUGAACAUGUCUUUAAGUACAUAACUAAAUUUACUGAGAUGGCUUUACGCAGUAACUUUUAUAAAUUGCAAAAUAACUCAAAUAGGGUAGUUUUAAGUUAUAUAAAAAACUUAGUAAGCUUUACUUGAAAAUUAGCAAGCUUAAUGACUGACGAUUUUUUAAUGUAUGGUUUUUCAACCGCGAAUGUGCAUGGAAUUUCUUACUUCCUAUAAGUUGUCUCGAAACCAAAUUUCAGUAAUAUUUUUAAAAAUUAAUUAUAUGGUAGUCCCUGAUUUAAGUAUGUUAGUCACAUCAGAGUUAGGAGUUUAAAUACAUAAUAACAGACAGCAUAUUUUGAAAAUUUUAGGGUUAUACUAUAUAAAGUUCUAAAGGAUAUAAUUAUUAUUUAGAAUAAGUUCAGUUUAUAUAGCCUAACUUUUAAUGCAUUUUUCUCUAAAAUUAUAUUUUGAGUUAUUGUUGCUUGUUCUCUAGUUGUUUAAUAUUUUAUAAUGCAACAAAAUAUAAACAUUACAAACAUCUUUGGCACGAAAGUAGAAUCAUUAGCUACGCUAUUUGUUUUCAAGCAAUAACUCUAGUAAGAAGAAAUUUCAAGAAUUAAAGAAAUAAAAAAUUUGAAAGUUAGUUUCGUGAAAUCAGCGAUGCAAAACCAUGCUUCUAAGCUUUCAACUCGUAAUCUUGUUUUUCAAGAUAACCCUCCAAACUUUGAGUGCGCCAAGUUAUACAUUUACAUGUAAAUUUCUUUAUUAAAACUUUUAUUCGUGACGAAAGAAAUGCAAUGUUUUCACAAUUUUAGUGAUAAAAUCUAUUAGUAUUUUAGAAAUAUAUGUAUUAUAUAUUUAUUUGAGAUUAUAUAUAUGUUUAUAGCUAAAUUAUUUAGGUUCUUUUUAUCAGUUUGGAAUUGACUUUGAUUAAUAAGAUUUAUAUGUUUAUGUGCAUUGAGUACGUAUAUAAUUAGUCUCCUUUAAAUAAAAGCUAGUGAAUUUAUUUCAUAUAAAUAUGUAGACAUAAAGUAGUAGACAUGAAGUUGGGUGACGCAUAAACGUUAGAAGAGUCCAAAAAUUUUAAAUUAACAACUAAUUCGGAAAUUCUUUAUAUUUAAAUUAAUUUUUCAUUAUGAAUCUUUAAAUCUAAUCAUUGCAAUAAUAAUAAUAAAGAUUAUGGCAAUGUAUAUUCAUAUAGUGUAAAUAAUGACUGUCUUACAAUAAUGUUAUAUUUUAUGUAAAAUUAUUAUUAUUAUUACUUAAAAUAGAUGCGAACUUUUAAAAACAUUCAAGAUAAACUAGAAAUUAUUUUUACACACGACUGAGAAUAACUAUUGCAAUAGUAUGUAACUGUAAAGAUUUAAAAUUAAUGCGCAAUUAUCCAUGUUCUUCAAUAGUUUGUUUAUUGCUAAACGUAAAACAAGAGUAAUGCCAUAUGUAAUUUAAAAACAGCUAAGUACCCCUUUUUUAGCAACCAAGUGAGUAAAGUUACAAUUAAAUUAAGAAACAACUAGUGAGACUUUUAUUUAUUUUCUAAUCGAAGUAGACUUCUAAGAAUCAUUCUUUUGAAGCGCGGCUUAAGAAGAAAUUCGAAUACCAUUUUGCCACGCAAAAUUAAAUAAAUAAAAGAGAAGAGACGUAAAAAAGUUCCCCUUAAAAAGUUGACAGCACACUUUUGUAAGAGUACUCCUUUUGCCACCAGAACUGCUGCUGCGACGAAAUCAUCCUCUCAGAUGCCGAAGACACCGGAUCAUCUUGCUGACAGAAAAAGAAGAAAGAAUCCGUAAAGAGUAAGGCAAAUAAAAAAAAGUACAAAAUAAAAUGCGUUUUAAAUCAAUGAAUGGGAACUACCCACCGGAAGAGCAGACGACAAUCGGCGGACCGGAAAUAGUCUCCAACCCCAAAACAAGUGUGGAGAAAAUGCAGUGCUGAAGAUUUUUCAGUUGAAAAUUGCCCACUUCUGCCAUUGAGAUCCAGUGACCUGUCGCGAUUUCAUGAAGUGAGGAACUCAUUUUUAAGCGAGGAGAGGGCUCCUUUAAGAUUUUUUUCCCUUCUUUUUUAAUGCCUUAAGGGAUGUUUACUCACUUACUCCUUUCAGUAAUUUCCGAACUUAUUUGCCCUUGAGAAGGGUAAGGUGAUCUUCUAUGGAAAUGAGUGCAAGAAAGUUUUCAGAAUUUGAACAUGAUCAUGAAGUAAAGGAAUGAAAAAGCGUAGAUAAACGUCGAUUUUUGAUGAAAGGAUAAACUUUUCAAACAGAAAAAUUUUGAUACUAUUAUUUAUUCAUGAAAUUUAUUUACCAUAUUACAUUUCUAAAAACAAUGUGUAAGUCGAAUGCAGUCGAAAAUAGUUUAAAAUUAUACUAGCAGAUCCAAAUCGAUAAAAAUUAUUCCUUACUCAAUUACUUAUCGAUUAAUUUCCUACAUUUCCACAUAAAUUUUAAUUUUUUAGGUUACAGAUUCUGUCAUAAAAUUUUCUCAGUUCAGUAUUCAUUAAAUGUGUCAACAUUCUUUUUCGAAAUUGCUUUCUAAAUCUUGGGAAAAUUUUAACAUUAGUCAUUUCAAUAACCAAUAACACAAAUACAUUUAUUUAAAUCUACACAGCAGUGUUAUCUUUAAAGUUUGAACCUUUUAUUUCUAAAGAAGUUUUUUUUUAUUUAUUUACCGUUUUGUAAGAUACUCUAAUGAUAUAUAUACUUUAACUGAAAUAAAAUUCUAUCUUAAAAAUAUUAAAAACCUAAAAUCUGAAAACUACAGAUUUAAUUAAAAACGCGGGAAAAUAUUACAGAAUUGUUUUUAAAUAUGAUAAAUGAUAUAAAUACUUCUCUUCUCGUUUUAAAUGAAAAUAAUAUCUGCUAAUACUUAGUCUUAAAAUUAAAUUUUUGCGGUGCUAAUAAUGCUCAUUUUACUCUUUUCGAGCCUUCAGAUCACUCUGUCUAGAUUUUUAGCCCAACGGGGCAAUUUGCCCAGAAGUGCUAUUAAUUUCGUUUUGCAAUUUUGCGUUGGUUCACUAUAAUGGUCUGAAUCACUUUUCAAAUUGUUGCCACCAAAUAUCAGAGCCUUGCAUUAUAUUUAAAGUAAUUAAAUAAUGAAGAAUUUGCAUCAACGUAUGUAUAUUUCUCGCAUUAUGAACACAUUUAGUUAUCAAACAAAACUAAAUAAAUUGCAUUUAAAGAAACAAGAUGUACUUAAAAUGCUAGUUACGGUGUCUAAUGCACUGAGGAAUGCAACAUUUUUUUUAACAUGAGAAAUAAUAUGUACAUUAUUAUGUAUAAAACAAAAGUAUAUAAUCUAUCAAAUCAAAAAUAUAUUCAUAUAUACGUAUUUUUCAAUGCAAUGCAAACUUUCUUUCUCUGGCAAUGUUUUAAUGGAAAACUCUAUUUUUUAUAAAAUGCGUUUGUAUUAAAUAAAGUAUGAAAAAAAUUGAUAAUAUGAUACAAAGUUUUAUCUGAAUAUUCUCAGGUCACAUAAUAAUAAUAAGUUUAUUUUAAUAAUCUAGAAAAUCAGGCUGUGUAAAUAAGAAUGUCUUAUUUUUUAUUGAAAAAAAUUGAAAAGCACUGGUGCCUUCAAUACCCAAUCUUAGUCAUUUAUGUCAAACUAGUAAAUGUAAAUAUUUUUGCUUCAUAAAAUGUGUGAAUUGUGCUCCAAU